AUGUUCAAGCGCGUGGCCAAGGCCACCGGAAGGAAGGGCGACGUGGACGAGCUCAAGCUCGCCACCGGUGACGACACCGCCAUUGGCGUCGACAAGCUCAUCGACGAGUCCUCCAGCUCCGAAGGCGAAGACGACGACAGCGAGGAAGAAGACGACGAAAAGGAUGGCAGCGAAGACUCUGAAGGGGAAGCUUCAGGUGAAGAGGCCAAACUGAAGGCUGGUUCGAAGCGAAAGCGCGUAGAGGACGACGAGGCCGACGCGGCCGACGCGGCGAAAGCAGAGGCAGCCGCUGUGCAGGUCUCCAUUCGCGAGGCGAUGCAAGACCCGAUCUACGUUCCCACCGAAGGCGAGAAGAAGCACGGCGUGCUCGCAUCGCGCUGCAUCGUCUGCGAGGCUGCUGUGCUCAAGACGCCCCAUCUGGUCGCCGAGCAUCUGGAGGGCAAGGGCCACAAGCGCCGCUUCGAGCGCUUCCAGAGCUUCGUCCAGGAGCAGCUCUCGGAAGGCCAGCGCAAGAACCUCGAUGCGAGGGACGCCGUCGACCAGAUGGACGCCUGGAAGACCGAGCAGGAUGCUCUUGCCAAGCAGAAACUCGCCGAUGCUCCUCCCAGCAAGAGCAAGCUCGCCAAGAAGAAGAAGGCCGCCGAGUUCCGAAAGAUGAAGAAGGAGGCGGCGCACAAGCGCAGGCUGAAGAAGAAGGCAGACAAGAAGGAGAAGAAGGACCUCAAGUCCACGAGCCAAGCGAAGAAGACCGGCACCGACGCCAGUCCGGAGAAGAAGGGCGAGAAUGCUAGCCCAGCGAAGAAGGCCAAGACUGCCUACGCGGACAAGAGGGCCAAGAAGAAGGCAUGA